AUGAUUGAAGGCGUUUCUUUUAUUAAGACACCAGCUGCUAAACCACAACCACCAGCUUCUAAAGAAUGUGGUGUCUGGACUACUGAUUCACCAUCUAUUCACAAUGCUCCAUUGCCAGCUGAUGGUCCAGGUUCAACUUCUUUCUCCAAUACCAUCUUGUUCAGUAUCUUGGCAUUGGUUCCUGGUUACAUCACCUACAAAUUAGGUUUGGGUUUCAAGACUUGGGUCUUUUUCUUUUUGCUUUUGGCUAUCCCAAUCUUAAUGGCUUACUGGACUGUCAUGUCUACCUUCUCUCCACGUAUCAAUGAAAAAGUCAAAUAUCCAAACAGACCAAUUUCUUACUAUUUGGAAUUCCACACUCCUGAAUUGAAAGCUAAAUACGAAACCUCCAACGGUGGUAAAGGUUCUAAAAUCCCAAUUGAAACUUUCCAAGAAUUGUACUUUGACGGUAAAGUCUCCUUCAAAGGUGAUUGUUUGGAUGUUUUAGAAUACAAACACGACUGGGCUAGUUUCAGAUUCACUAUGGGUUUGUUUAGAUUUUUCUUAUUGGGUAUGAUUCCAGAAGUUAUCUUCCACUCCCAAUCUCAAGAUGAAGAACAAGUUAGAGACCAUUACGACCGUGGUGACGAUUUUUACACCUGGUUCUUGGGUCCAAGAAUGAUCUACACUUCUGGUGUUAUUAGUGAUAUUACUAGAGAAGAAACUUUGGAAGAAUUACAAGACAACAAAUUGACUGUUAUGGCUGACAAGAUUGACUUGCAAAAAGGUGACCACGUUUUAGAUAUUGGUUGUGGUUGGGGUACUUGGACUACUUUUGCUUCUUCCAAAUAUGGUGCCAAUGUUACCGGUAUUACUUUAGGUAGAAACCAAACCAAAUGGGGUACUCAAUUAUUGAAAGAAUAUGGUAUUUCAUCUGACCAAUCCAGAAUCGUUUGUUGUGAUUACCGUGACGCUCCAAAAUCUAACAAACCAAGCGGUAAAUACGACAAAAUUACUUCUGUUGAAAUGGCUGAACACGUUGGUAUCAGAAGAUUGACUGCUUACUUGGAACAAUGUUACGAUGCUUUGGAAGAUGAUGGUUUACUUUUCUUGCAAUACUCUGGUUUGAGAAAGAACUGGCAAUACGAAGAUUUGGAAUGGGGUUUGUUCAUGAACAAGUACAUUUUCCCAGGUGCUGAUGCUUCUACUCCAUUGAGUUUCUUUUCUAGUUGUAUGGAAUCUGUUGGUUUUGAAAUUGUCAGUGUUGAUAACAUUGGUGUCCACUACUCUGCUACUCUUUGGAGAUGGUACAGAAACUGGAUUGGAAACAAAGACAAAGUUGUUAACAAAUAUGGUGUUAAAUGGUACAGAAUUUGGGAAUUCUUCUUGGGUAGUUCUGUUGUUGCCAGUAGAAACGGUACUGCCACCUGUUACCAAUUCAUCUGUAGAAAGAACAUCAACUCCUACAGAAGAGUUGACUACAUUCCAAGACAAAAAGGUUUGCAAGGUCCAGUCCAAGAAGGUACUAAAUGGGCUAAGGAUAACACUAACUUCUACAACUAA